GUUUUACGUUUGCCAAUUGCUUUUCUUCAAGUUCAAAAAACCCUCUCUGCUUCUCUGCCACCAGCCCCAAAGUGAGGAGGGAACAUUGGAUAAUCAGCGGUUGGAGGACAUAUAUAUAUAUAUAUGCAUAGAGAGAGAGAGAGAGAGAGAGAGAGAGAGAAGGGGAGAGAUGGCAGCGGCGUCUUUUAGGUGGAUAUUGCAGCUACAUAGGGACGUGCCUAAAGCAGCUCGUUUCUACUCGGAAGGUUUGGACUUUACUGUAAAUGUGUGCAGUCUUCGCUGGGCCGAACUUCAGUCUGGGUCUCUCAAGCUCGCCCUCAUGCAGUUUUCCAAUGACAACAUUGUGCAGAAGGGAUAUUCUUCUAUGUUAUCAUUUACGGUGACUGAUAUUAACAGCACAGUGACAAAACUAAUGGCCUUGGGUGCCGAACUAGAUGGCCCAAUCAAGUAUGAAGUCCAUGGAAAGGUUGCAGCCAUGCGAUGUAUGGAUGGCCAUGUAUUGGGCCUCUAUGAACCUGUAUAAGAGCUGCCGGCGGCUCUUACUGUGAUGUCUUCAACUCUCUUUCAGACGUUGAGGAGAUGUAGGAGAUUUCCUCGUUUUUUGGAUUUCCCUCGAUAAUUGUUAAUGUUGGGUCAACCGGAUCUAUCAGAGCUGUGCAUCUCGUGUAUAUUGUUGGUCCUACAAUACAGUCAAUAUGGAAAUCAUCUUAUAGUUGCUCUUUCUUGCCUGCUUAUUGAGUCGUCAUCUCGUAAGUUAGUAACAAACUAAUGAUUUUACUUACUUAAAUUAACUAAUUGAAAAUCUAUAUUAAACUGUCUUACGUGCACUCAUUUGGUGAAAAGUCACCAUGCUUCUGAUUCAUUUAAACCAGUUGAGAUUCACCGCCUAUAAAAGGAUAUAGUUUUGUGCAAGUGUUUGAUUACCAAUUUUGUUUCUGGCUCAAUCUUUGUUGUGAUGAACACGAUUGCCUUAUUCAUGAGGUAGGUGUUGCUUAAAUUUGAUGCAAUCUUUUCAUACUUGCAUAAUUAUUGGUGUGUGGUAGCUGUUUACCAUAGUUAUUAAAGGCCAAAUACGCGCCAAGAGUUCUAGAACUAGAUGCAAGGCGCAAAAAUAAAUAAAUUCAUAAAAAUAAAUCAUAUAAGAACCAUAAAUUUAAUUAAUAUAGUUUUAAUUAUAUGUAAAAAUGUAUUACUUAUUUUUAUUUUAUUACGUCGCCACUAUGGUCAAUUAAAU